ACACAAACACAACACAACAAGACACGACGUCCCCGCCCGCGCGCGUGCGUGCAUCGCCUACGUGAGCUCCGUCCAUUUCCACCGCCCGCGCACGCGAGCGCGGUCGACACAGCGAGACCCACGCAGGCAGGAUCCCGUUCCCGCCGCGGCCUGGCCGAGCGUAUCCCGCGCCCCGAUUAAGCUAAACCACGGGCCAUGCCAUCUAUGGCGCCUCCGCUAUAAGGAGAAAAAGGCAGCGAGGGAGGGAGGCGCAGCAAAAGCGUCGCGCGGCCACGAGCCUAUUUUUACACGCCCGCCCGCCCGCCCGCCUCCGUUUACACGUCGCGCCGGAGGGAUAGGUGCUCCGGCCUCAUCCGUCCCUAACCCUCCUCCUCCGACUACUACCCUGUCGUCCACCACCGCCUCGCGCGCGCGUGCGCCCCUCCGCACAGCCUCGGGCUGUGCAUCAGUGCAUGGGCGGCGGACGCGCCGCGGCGCCAUGACGACGACGACCCCGACCAUGAACGUGGCGGCGGUCGCGCAGCUCUGCGCCGGCGGCCGGCGGCGCAAGACAGCGGGGCUCGACCUGCGCUGGGCGCGCCUGCUUCGCUUCGCCGUCGUCAGCAGGGUCCUCCGCCUCGUGAGGGACCAGCUGCUCUCAUGCUCCACCUGCGGCGGGUGCGGCGGCGGCAGGCGGUACCGCCGGCUCGUCCCGCCCGCGCACGGCGGCGUCGCCGGAGGGGCCCUGCUAUCCCCGGUCGCCAGGGACGAAGACGGCGACGCCGACGCCGCCUCGGACGUCGAGGACGUCGUCAGCCUCAAGGUCAGCCUGCUCGGCGAUUGCCAGAUCGGCAAGACCAGCUUCAUGGUUAAGUAUGUGGGGAAUGGGGAGGAGCAGAACGGCUUGCAGAUGACGGGCCUGAAUCUGAUGGACAAGACGUUGGCCGUCCGGGGAGCUAGGAUUGCCUACAGCAUCUGGGAUGUGGCAGGAGGCAGCCAGUUUGUCGACCACGUCCCGAUCGCGUGCAAGGACGCCGUGGCGAUCUUGUACAUGUUCGAUCUCACGAGCCGGUGCACGCUUAAUAAUAUUAUAGAUUGGUACGAGAGGGCGAGGAAAUGGAAUAAGACGGCUAUUCCAAUCCUAAUCGGGACAAAGUUUGACGACUUUGCUCAGCUUCCUCUUGAAAUGCAAUGGGCCAUUGUUAAUCAGGCCAGAGCAUACGCAAGAGCGAUGAAGGCGACCCUCUUCUUCUCGAGCUCAACGCACAACAUCAACGUGAACAAGAUCUUCAAGUUCAUCACGGCCAAGCUCUUCAACCUGCCGUGGACGGUGGAGCGGAACCUCACCAUCGGCGAGCCCAUCAUAGACUUCUAAGUGUCCACUAACUGAUCAUUAGGCAGCACACGACCCUUGUUGGUCUUUCUUGGGUCGGAUCUCGAUCGUCUCGUGCAUUUGCUCCUGUUUCUGCUGAUCGCCUCUUGGCGCGGGAGCCAUGAUGAGAGAGACCACGCCCGUCGUCGUCGUCCUCCUCCUCCUCUUGAAGGCAGGCAGCAGGCAAGAUACCUUUGUACAUAGGUGACACUGCCGUCCCUGCGCGCGUGAGCUGCAGGGGCAUGAAAGGGGAAACCGCCAGUUGUGGUGUAACUCACGUCUGUAACAUUCGUCUGAGUGUAUAGGAAUCCAUGUCAAUAUAUGCCCCCUUUCUUCUUUAA